UUUGUGAAGACUAACAGAUUGACCAUGUCGCUCUCCGUGGUGCUGCUGCUGCUGCAUCUGACGGUCUGCAACUCGCAGAAUAUUAGUUUCUUCCUUAGCAAUUUAAAUGGCUUUGUUGGCGCAAUCAGCUUCUAUACAAAAGGGAAAUAUGUAAAUGAUUCCUCCUCGCUGACCGUUCGCCUAAUGGGGAACAAUCAGAACUGCACUCCCGAUUUCUCAUUUGGUUGCCAGGAGAGCAGCUGUGGGUAUGUGAGUGCUUUGGUACGCACAGUCGACCAAGAAGUCAGCGGAGAGUGGUGUCAGAAUGAACUUAGGACUGUUGAGCCAUCUCCCAUUAAUGUGGUUCGUUCACUCGGGAUCCCUGGUGUUAAUUGGGUUAGUGGCAUCAAAAACAACAUUGGAUCAUGGGUAACUGCAGUAGCAUUCGACCUGAGGAACCGCUCUGACACCAACAAAGAAAACUCCUCACCCCAGUCUACCGUGAUCCCAUUUGUGAGAGUUCCUUCAAACUGUCGGAGAGAUUUCAGCCUGUUGAUGUUUGACCCUGAUGGUGAUCAGGUUAAAUGCAGAUAUGGAAAUUCCUCACUCUUUGAGUGUAACGCCUGUGAUCCACCAUCUGUCCUCAGCCUCUCAUCAUCCACUUGUACUCUGUCGUUCGGUCCCACUGCCGACAGUAAUCAGGGCCGUUAUGGAGUACAGCUGCUGAUGGAGGACUUUCCCAGGAAGAACAUCACCAUGACUGGAUUCAAUGACACAAAAACAAUACUAACACCUAACGAUGCUCUCAGCAAAGUGCCGAUCCAGUUUGUUCUGAUAGUGGAUCCCCAGGUCUCAUCCUGCACAGAGGGAGACUUUUUGCCCAAAUUCUUGCCUCCAACCCCAGCCAACAGAGCUCGGCUCUACACCCCUGUUAAUAAGACUCUGGAAAUCAGCAUCAGUGCUGAGGCAAAAAACUCCACGAUCUCUGAGCUGCUGUUCAGCGGACCGUAUGAUGCAAUUCAGAAUAAAACUGGAACAGGAACGUUCACCCUGAGAUGGACGCCGUCUAAAUCACAAGACAAUGACACCCUCCCCUUCUGCUUUGUUGUCCAGGCACUUUCCAAGGAAACCAAGUAUCAGUCAGAGCUUCGAUGUGUCAGCGUGACUGUUGGAAAUGGUGCCCCAGCCACUGCUUCAGCUUUUGUCCUGGUCAUGGGAUCUGUCCUUUCAACUCUUAUUCUUGCCUUCCCUUCCAUAUGAAUAUGGAUAAAAUCAGAGAUUGAAGAUGUACCUGACUCUGGAUUGAUGCAACGGUAGCGCCCUCUACUGUUACAACAUGAAUGUCAUCUGACUCUGCACAAACAACUUUUUUCAAGUUUCUUUAAGUUUUGUUCCAACCAAUGUAAUCAAAUUAAAUAAGUACAGUAAAAAAUAUAAUGUUAA